AUGCUUUUUAGCGAUAUACCAGUUUACGCUCGUUUUCUCGUGGUUUUACUGUUUGUCGGCUUGACGCUACUAUUUUUCGCGUCUUUUCCUGCAAAAAACUUAGAAAAUCAAGACGAAUUGCAUCUUUCGAUAAUUCAUACAAAUGAUGUUCACUCACGAUUCGACCAAAUUAAUAGUAUGGCGACAGACUGUACUCCGGCACAAUAUGAAGCUAAAAAGUGCUAUGGUGGUACUGCAAGGCAUAAGAUUUUGAUUGAUAGGUUGAGAAGCCAGAGCAAGAAUUCGUUAUUGUUGGACGGUGGAGAUGAAUUUCAAGGAAGCCUUUUUUAUACGUUUUAUAAGGGAAAUAAGACUGCCGAAGUGAUGACUAUCGGUAAUCAUGAAUUCGACAAUGGACCAGAGCUAUUGAUUGAGCAUUACAAACGUCUCAAAAAACCAAUUGUUUGCGCGAAUAUUGAUACGACUAAAAAUCCAAAUCUCGGACAAUACAUAAAGCCUUAUCAUAUUUUCGAAGAAUAUAAUCUCGCCGUCAUUGGUUACAUUACAGAGGUGACGAAUAGUGGAAUUUCAAAUGCCGGACCAACGCUUUCAUUCAUUAAUCCCAUCCCAAUAGUGCAAAAAUAUGUUGAUGAGCUUCAUGCAAAAGGCAUCAAGCGUAUAUUUACGCUUUCGCAUAAUGGAUAUAACGAAGAUAAAAUACUCGCUGCACAAACUUAUGGAGUUUCGUUACAUAUUGGUGGCCAUAGUCAUACACUUUUGUCCAAUAAAACUAGUGAUGCAGGUAUUUCGAAGGGUCCUUACCCAACUACAGUAAAGAAUGCUAAAGGAGAAGAUACUUUGAUCGUACAGGCUUAUUGGAGUGGAAAAUACAUUGGCCAUUUGGAUAUUCUUAUUGACGCAGAGGGAAAGAUCUUGAAAUACCAAGGUGAACCGAUUCUCGUUAAUCAAUCGAUUCCUCAAGACCCUAAAAUCCAAAGUCUCGUCUCCAGCUGGCGUCAACCAUUCGAUACGUUCGUAAAGACUGUAAUCGGUGAAGCAAAAGAAGAAUUUGAUCAAUCGAAUUGUCAAACUAUCGAAUGUCAAAUGGGAAAUUUGGUCACUGAUGCGAUGCUAAAUUACAGAAACAAAAGUAAUAAUAAAGUUAGUGCAGCUUUUAUUAAUGCUGGAGGAAUAAGAACUGGGUUAUUAAAGGGUAACAUCACCAUUGAGAAUAUCUUAACGGUACUUCCAUUCGGCAGUCAGUUGGUUGAUAUCGACGUGACGGGAAAGAAUAUUACCGAUAUUUUGGAGAGUGUUGUUGGGAAAAAGACAAACAUUAUUUCUGGAAAACCAGUUACUAGCUUCAUUCAGUUAUCUGGAAUUCAGUUCACUUAUAAUUCAUCGAAAGAGGUUUUUAAGAGAGUUGUUGAGGUCAAGAUUCGGGAUCCAAUAACCAAAGAAUACACGUUGGUUGAUCCUAAGCAGAUCUAUACACUUUCUACGAUUGAUUUUGUGACUAAUACUGGCGAUGGAAUAUUGCCUUCUCCAAUCGAAGGAUCACUGACUUUCGAAGUAGUAGAUAAGGUCGUUCAAGAUUACAUCAAAGAACAAAAAGUCAUCACACCUUAUCUCGAUGGACGUAUCAAAGACGUUGCUGUAAGUGCUGGAUCUUUUACAAAGUUGUCUUUUGACGAGCCAUUGCAUUAUCGGUAUACCAGGGCAUUAAAUGAAAACGAAAAUCCUCAAGACAGAAAAAAAGAGAGUCCUCGACCACAUAAACAUCAUCAUGAAAAUAUUAAUCUUUUAAGUCCUCAACAAGUGCCUAAUGCAAUCGCAUAUACAAACAUGAGUCAAACAAAUUCAAAUCAAACAAAGCGAACUUCUGACGAUCUUGAAAAAGAUAAAGACGAGUUCGUUCCCUAUGUCCCUAUUAAACAACGCCGUGAGGCAAAAGUCAGGAAGUUGCAAAGAAUGCGACAUUUACCAGAACCACAAGUUGAAAGAGAAGAAAACGAGAAAGACGAAGAUUCUUUAGUAGCGGGACCAAAAGCCAAUAUUAGUUUAAUUGAUCAAGCGGUUGAGGUUAAAAAACAAAAAGCAUUGGAAGAUUCUAUGAAAACCGAUGCAGAGAAAAAACUCGAAGAAGAAAAAGCUAUUAUGGAAGCGGUAGCGCAACGAAAAUUGCUAGCUUCUGAUAGAGAAUUAGCAAAGAACAUUAUAUAUCAUGAUCCAAUAAAAACAACAUGGCAACCACCACGUCACAUUCGUGAAAGAACCCAACAAGAGUAUGACGAGAUCAGAAAAAAAUACACUAUUUUAGUAGAGGGCGAGGAUAUACCGGCACCAAUAAAACAUUUUCGUGAUAUGAAAUUUCCUCCACCAAUAUUGGAUUACCUAAAAUCGUGUGGUAUCAGACGACCAACACCGAUUCAAGUACAAGGCCUUCCCGUCGCAUUAUCUGGACGCGAUAUGAUCGGUAUUGCCUUUACAGGGUCAGGCAAGACUUUGGCUUUUUCGUUACCGCUGGUGAUGUUGGCUUUAGAAGCGGAAAUGAAAUUGCCAUUGGUUAGAGGCGAGGGACCGAUUGGUAUGAUAGUGUGUCCAUCGCGUGAACUUGCAAGACAAACAUUCGAAAGUAUAUGCAAAAUGAUUGAUUUUACAACACGCGGGGGAUUUCCCAAAGUAAAUCCACUAUUAUGCAUUGGUGGUAUUUCAAUGAGUGAUCAGUCACGAGUUUUUAGCAAUGGACUUCAUAUAGUGGUUGCUACUCCGGGACGAUUACAAGAUAUGCUGUCCAAAAAAAAAUUCAAUUUGGAAUUAUGCAAGUUCUUGUGUUUGGAUGAGGCGGAUCGUAUGAUUGAUAUGGGUUUUGAGGAUGAUGUUAGGAAUAUAAUGUCUUAUUUUACAAGCCAAAGACAAACUUUAUUAUACUCGGCUACCAUGCCAAAGAAAAUUCAAGAUUUCGCGAGAUCAGCAUUAGUACAACCAGUAAUUGUUAAUGUUGGCCGUGCCGGCGCAGCCAAUUUGGACGUUUUACAAGAAGUAGAAUAUGUCAAACAAGAAGCCAAAAUUGUAUAUCUUUUAGAAUGCUUGCAAAAAACUCCGCCUCCGGUAUUGAUUUUUGCUGAGAAUAAGAAUGAUGUGGACGAUAUUCACGAGUAUCUCCUUUUGAAAGGUGUUGAGGCUGUUGCUAUACAUGGAGGAAAAACUCAAGACGAGCGUGAAUUCGCAAUCCGAUCAUUUAAGGAAUACAAAAAGGACGUGUUGGUAGCUUCAGAUGUUGCUUCCAAGGGUCUUGACUUUCCAGACAUCAAACACGUCAUUAAUUACGAUAUGCCAAAAGAAAUAGAAAAUUACGUACACAGAAUUGGUCGUACAGGACGUUCCGGAAAAACAGGAGUGGCCACCACUUUUAUAAACAUGAAUUGUUCGGAACAGAUUCUAUUAGAUCUCAAGCAUCUCCUUCGUGAAGCAAAACAACGUGUACCUCCUGUUCUUGAAGCAAUGGAAGAUCCAACAGAUAAAUAUAAUCUUUCUGGUGGAUGCACAUUUUGUGGAGGUCUUGGACAUCGUAUCAGUGACUGUCCGAAAUUGGAUGCACAAAGACGGCAACAAGUUGGCAAUAUUGGACGAAGUGGUGGUGGUGAAAGAGGUGGCGGUGAAUACUAA